CACAUGAUAGAACACGUAAUGAGAAGCUAUGGAUUAAGUUGACUUGUGAAGGUUUUCUUCUUUGUUGUUGGUGCCAUCAUGUCCAAAAGCUUAUAUACCCUUCCUCUCGUUGUUGCUGCAAAUCUUCAAAAGGCCAUCAUGUCUGUGUCGUCUCUUUCCGUAGCGCAUGCCCACUCCUGGCCCUCCUUCCAUUGCACUCCACUUGGGUGAUUCAUGCAGCAGCACCAGGGCCACUCUAAUUGCCAUAUCGCCCUAUCUGGAACAGAUGUUGCCCCCACCACCUCGGAGGCCAAAGCUGAGGAGCACUGCGGAGGUUGCUGCCGCCACCAUGAGCGCCUCUUCCAGCUCUGCCUCUGACGACCAUGAAGGCUCGCUGUCGCCGCACCACUACCUCCCGCUCCUUGGGGCGAGGCCGACCAGGUCCUUCAGUCUCGUGAAGGUCGUCAUCGGGAUGGUCCGAUCCCUCUUCCCCAGAAUCCACUCCUUGAUCUCCCCCACGUGCCAGUGGCCGGCGUUGCCCGUCGUGCGACCUCGAGCGACGCUGUCUUCGGGCCGCGGGAGAGUGGUAGCCGGCACGUUCUUCGGCCACAAGAAGGGCCGCGUCAGCUUCGCGGUGCAAAGCGAGUCGCAGUCGGAGCCGGUCCUGCUGGUUGAGCUGGCCAUGCUGACGUGCGACCUCGUGAAGGAGAUGGCUUCCGGGAUGGUGAGGAUCCUCCUCGAGUGCGACCGCGUCGCCUCACCUUCUCCCGCUGCCGCCACCAGCAAGAGCAUCAAGAAGCACAGUCCACUGUGGGAUGAGCCCUUGUGGACGAUGUACUGCAACGGCCACCGGUGCGGCUACGCCGUCUCGCGCCGCUGCACCAAGAUAGACCUCCACGUGCUGAGCAUGGUCCAACCUGUGUCGGUGGGCGCCGGGGUACUCCCUCCGCCUCCGUCUCCUCCUCUUCUACCAGCCAAGCUGUGUGAUGGAUCAGGUGGAGCAGCAGCCGGGUCUGAGGUUAUGUACAUGAGAGCCAAGUUCGAGCGAGUCGUCGGAAGCAAAGAUUCCGAAGCGUUCUACUUGAUCAAUCCAGACUCACUGAGGCACAAGGGGAGCGACAUCAGUGGCGGCCCUGAGCUCUGCGUCUUCCUCCUCAGGAUGUAGAGAACAGUCUCAUUAGUCGUUGGUGUCUGCUCAUCAAACCCAGUCAAACGAGAAAUCCACGUACUUGGUCAAAUAUAAAUAUAUAUGGCAAAACUAUGCAAAAGUACAUCAAGUAAUACAAGAUUUUAAAUAAGAACACGUUAUGUCGACACUGUUUUAUAAUGUCAAGUUGUGUGAUUCUCAUUAUAAAUAAAUAUCAAGGUGGGACAGCUCAAAUUAAUAUGAUA